AAUUACAAGGAAUGCAUCACUUUCUCAAGCAAACAGUCAAAGACACCCUGACAAGGUUGCAAAUUGGAUUGCAACCACCACUAAAAAAAUCAACAAGGUAGUUGAAAGCAUUCAAGUUGCAGACUUGUCUCGACGAUUUCCAUAGCUGCCAGUCCCUCCCUCUCGAUCUCUAGUUUGCAGAUUUAAAAGAAGCUCACUCAUCUAGUCAUCUCAUUCCAUCUUUCACAAGUUGAGAAGCUCAGAUUUCUGCAACAGACUGAGAUUUUGGACAGAAAUUUUGGCUUGAUUUAGCCACACUCAGAGGAUUGAUGCAGUUCCAGAAAUUUAUGGGUUUUUCCCAAUUCAUAACCUUGUGUCUCUGUUUCCUCCUUGUGUUUGAGAACUCCGCCGCCAGCAAUCUACAUGUUGGUCAGAUUCAUCCUGGAUUCCAAGCAUCUCAUAGCCAAUGGGAAGAAAAUAAUGGGCUAUUUCUGUCAUCCAGCAAUUCGGCAUUCGCUUUGGGCUUUUACACUGCCCUGGAUGUCGAAUUGUUUUUGCUAGUAAUCAUUCACCUGGGUAGUUCCAAAGUAAUUUGGACUGCUAAUAGAGGCUUACUGGUUAACAAUUUUGACAAGUUUGUCUUCAACGAAAAUGGGAAUGUGUUUUUGAAAAAGGGGGACCGUGUGGUUUGGUCUACAAACACAACAGGGGUAAAGGUUAGAGCCAUGGAAUUGCAGGACUCAGGAAACUUGGUAUUGGUUGCCGGGAAUGGAAGUAUUCUUUGGCAGAGUUUUAGCCAUCCCACUGAUACCCUUUUACCUGGACAGGUGUUCCAGGAAGGAAUGAAACUUAAAAGCUUUCCCAACCACAAUAACUUGUCUCAUUAUCUUGAAAUCAAGUCAGGUGAUAUGGUCUUGUAUGCCGGUUAUGAAACUCCACAACUAUAUUGGUCCAUAACAAACGAUAGCCGGAAAAACAAUAACAAUGUCACCAGCACCAGUGGUGUCCAUUCUGUCUCUCUGGCGUUCAAUUCAUGGAACUUCUAUGAUCAAAAUGGGGUUUUGCUUUGGCAACUUGUCUUCUCUGAUAAUAAUGGUACCAAUGCCUUGUGGACUGCUGUUUUAGGCUCUGAUGGCUCAAUGUCAUUCUAUAACCUUCACAAGGGAAAGAGUGUCACUCCCGAGGCAACUAAGAUACCUGAAAAUCGCUGCAGUAUUCCAGAGCCUUGUGAUCCCUAUUAUGUGUGCUAUUUUGACAACUGGUGCCAGUGCCCUUCGCUUCUCAAGUCCGAAUUUCAAUGCAAACCUCAGACUGUCUCGACCUGUAAUAGCUCCAAAAGUUCAGUGGAGCUUUUAUACAUUGGUGAGAAGCUUACUUAUUUUGCACUUGGAUUUGUUCAACCCCUUCUGAAAUCCAAUUUAAAUGCAUGCCAAGAAGCUUGCCUUACAAGCUGCUCUUGCCUUGUGCUGUUCUUUGAAAGAACUUCUGGGAGAUGCUUUCUUUUUGAACAGAUAGGGAGUUUGCAACGCUCUGGUGAAGUUUCUCCUGGUUAUAUUUCAUACAUGAAGGUCCCUGGUCGUGGCAAUGGUGGACCGAGUCCUGCAAGUAGAGAGGAAAGGAAGCACAUUUUAUCAGUCAUAGUAAUCGUUGUUGCAACCACAUUUGCUAUUCUUGGUCUACUUUAUGUAGGAUACUGGUAUCACCGCAAAAAGAAGGGAUUGCUGGAACAUCCUCAAGACAACCUGGAAGAUGACAAUUUCUUGGAUAGUCUUUCCGGGGCACCCAUUCGUUUCACUUACAGUGAUUUGAGUCGAGCAACCAAGAACUUCACCACAAAGGUUGGUGCAGGCGGGUUUGGCUCAGUCUACCUUGGUGUGCUGCCAGAUGGUACCCGCUUGGCAGUGAAAAAAUUGGAGGGCAUUGGGCAGGGGAAGAAAGAAUUUAGAGCUGAAGUCUCAAUUAUAGGGAGUAUCCAUCAUGUCCAUCUGGUGAAGCUCAGAGGAUUCUGUGCUGAGGGCUCUCACCGGCUUCUUGUCUACGAAUACAUGGGUAAUGGAUCCUUAGAUAAAUGGAUCUUUGAGAACAAUGAAGGUAAUCCCUUGUUGGAUUGGGAUACGAGAUUCAACAUUGCAGUGGGUACUGCAAAGGGAUUAGCUUAUCUCCACGAGGAGUGUGAAGUGAAGAUUGUGCAUUGCGAUAUAAAACCUGAAAAUGUUCUUCUCGAUGACAAUUACACUGCGAAAGUAUCUGACUUUGGUUUGGCCAAGCUAAUGAACCGGGAACAGAGCCAUGUUUACACAACGCUAAGGGGUACAAGAGGUUACCUUGCACCUGAAUGGAUCACAAACUAUGCCAUAUCCGAGAAGAGUGAUGUUUACAGCUAUGGCAUGGUCUUGCUUGAGAUCAUUGGUGGGAGGAAGAAUUAUAAUACAGGAUAUUGUUCGGAGAAAGCCUAUUUUCCCACUUAUGCCUCCAAGAUGUUAGAAGAAGGAAAACUGAAAGAAAUCUUUGAUUCUAAGCUGGAGAUUGAUGACCAGGAUGAAAGGGUUUCCACAGCAAUCAAAGUGGCAUUGUGGUGCAUACAGGAGGAAAUGCAUUUGAGGCCACCGAUGACUAAAGUAGUCCAAAUGCUUGAAGGCCUUUGUACUGUGCCUUUGCCUCCAAUCUCCUCCCAAGUUAGUUCUCACUCAAGCUUCCUCAAAUGGAGCAGUGACGAGGCUACUUCAUCAGGACUGAUCGAUUCGAACAGUGAGUUAGCCAUGUCAGAUGUUCGGUUAUCAGGCCCAAGAUAACGAAAGCUCUUUUAUUUUCCAUUCUUUAUUUUUUCUAAUAGAAAUCUAAAAAUGGCUUCUUUGCA